CACGGAGCUGCGGGGGCCGCGGAGGCGCGCGAGGGAGCGAGCGGCCGCGCCUGCGCACAUAGCGCUUCCCCUAGCGGCGAUCCGAGCUGCUGCCGCUCGCGCUGGGGCUGGACGCGGAGCGGGCGGGGGGAGGGGGGGAGCGGCUUCGCUUCCAGCCCCGAGUGAGGCGGAGACCCGGGCUGGCGGGCGGAGCAGGAGGCACCGCACCUCGGCCAGAGGCGGCUGCAGCAGCCGCUGCCCUCGUCCCCGCCGCCACCUCUCCAGCCCUUCUGCAAUUACCCCUCCAGCUGCUAGGAUCCGGCAAGGAAGAGGAGGAGGCGAGAAACUCCCACCGACCCACUGAGGUUCAUAUGUACAGAUUAACUGGCUUCUCUUCAGCUGUGUCUACCUCGGGAUGGCUUCCUCAAAUGGCGUCCACAGGGAGCAUGACUUCGGCAACUUCACCUAUCAUUUUAAAAUGGGACCCCAAAAGUUUGGAAAUCCGGACACUAACAGUGGAGAGGCUUCUGGAGCCACUUGUUACACAGGUGACGACCCUUGUCAACACCAGCAACAAAGGUCCCUCUGGUAAAAAGAAAGGGAGGUCGAAGAAAGCCCACGUGCUGGCUGCAUCUGUAGAGCAAGCCACUCAGAACUUUCUGGAAAAGGGGGAACAGAUUGCUAAGGAGAGUCAAGAUCUCAAAGAAGAAUUGGUCGCCGCUGUAGAAGAUGUACGCAAACAAGGCGAGACCAUGCGCAUUGCCUCCUCGGAGUUUGCGGACGACCCGUGCUCGUCGGUGAAGCGUGGCACCAUGGUGCGGGCGGCCCGGGCCUUGCUCUCGGCUGUGACGCGCCUACUCAUCCUGGCCGACAUGGCGGACGUCAUGAGACUUUUAUCUCAUCUGAAAAUUGUGGAGGAGGCCCUGGAAGCUGUCAAAAAUGCUACAAAUGAGCAAGACCUCGCAAACCGAUUUAAAGAAUUUGGGAAAGAGAUGGUGAAACUGAACUAUGUAGCAGCAAGAAGACAACAGGAGCUGAAGGACCCUCACUGUCGCGACGAGAUGGCAGCCGCCCGAGGGGCUCUGAAGAAGAAUGCCACAAUGCUGUACACAGCCUCCCAAGCGUUUCUCCGCCACCCAGAUGUUGCUGCCACCAGAGCCAACCGAGAUUAUGUGUUCAAACAAGUCCAGGAGGCCAUUGCCGGCAUCUCCAACGCUGCUCAAGCUACCUCGCCCACUGACGAAGCCAAAGGCCACACGGGCAUCGGCGAGUUGGCUGCGGCUCUGAAUGAAUUUGACAAUAAGAUUAUCCUGGAUCCCAUGACCUUCAGCGAAGCCAGGUUCCGGCCAUCCCUGGAAGAAAGGCUGGAGAGCAUCAUCAGUGGCGCCGCGCUCAUGGCCGACUCCUCCUGCACGCGAGACGACCGGCGCGAGAGGAUCGUGGCCGAGUGCAACGCCGUGCGGCAGGCGCUGCAGGACCUGCUCAGCGAGUACAUGAAUAACACUGGAAGGAAAGAAAAAGGAGAUCCACUAAACAUUGCAAUUGAUAAGAUGACCAAGAAAACAAGAGAUCUAAGGAGACAGCUUCGGAAAGCUGUGAUGGAUCACAUAUCUGAUUCUUUCUUGGAAACCAACGUCCCUUUGCUAGUUCUUAUUGAGGCUGCAAAGAGUGGGAAUGAAAAAGAAGUAAAGGAAUACGCCCAGGUUUUCCGUGAACAUGCCAACAAGCUGGUAGAGGUUGCCAAUUUGGCCUGUUCCAUCUCCAACAAUGAGGAAGGGGUGAAAUUAGUCCGAAUGGCAGCCACACAGAUUGACAGCCUGUGUCCGCAGGUCAUCAACGCCGCUCUCACACUGGCUGCCCGGCCACAGAGCAAAGUCGCUCAGGACAACAUGGACGUCUUCAAAGACCAGUGGGAGAAGCAGGUCCGAGUGCUGACAGAGGCCGUGGAUGACAUCACCUCAGUGGAUGACUUUCUUUCUGUCUCAGAAAAUCACAUCUUGGAGGAUGUGAACAAGUGUGUGAUAGCACUCCAAGAAGGGGAUGUGGACACUCUGGACCGGACUGCAGGGGCCAUCAGGGGCCGGGCAGCUCGAGUCAUACAUAUCAUCAAUGCUGAGAUGGAGAACUAUGAAGCCGGUGUUUACACUGAGAAGGUGCUGGAAGCUACAAAAUUGCUCUCUGAGACAGUGAUGCCACGCUUUGCUGAACAAGUAGAGGUUGCCAUUGAAGCCCUGAGUGCCAACGUCCCUCAACCAUUUGAGGAGAAUGAGUUCAUCGAUGCCUCUCGCCUGGUGUAUGACGGCGUUCGGGACAUCAGAAAGGCUGUGCUGAUGAUCAGGACCCCAGAAGAACUAGAGGACGAUUCUGACUUUGAGCAGGAAGAUUACGACGUGCGUAGUCGGACAAGUGUUCAGACCGAGGACGACCAGCUCAUUGCAGGGCAGAGUGCACGGGCCAUCAUGGCGCAACUACCACAGGAGGAGAAGGCAAAAAUAGCUGAGCAGGUGGAGAUAUUCCACCAAGAGAAAAGCAAGCUGGAUGCUGAAGUAGCCAAAUGGGACGACAGCGGCAAUGAUAUAAUUGUGCUGGCCAAGCAGAUGUGUAUGAUCAUGAUGGAAAUGACAGACUUCACAAGAGGCAAAGGCCCAUUGAAAAACACAUCUGAUGUCAUUAAUGCUGCCAAGAAAAUUGCCGAAGCAGGUUCUCGAAUGGACAAAUUAGCCCGUGCUGUGGCUGAUCAGUGUCCUGAUUCAGCAUGUAAGCAGGAUUUAUUAGCCUACCUUCAACGAAUUGCCUUGUAUUGCCAUCAGCUUAAUAUCUGCAGCAAGGUGAAGGCAGAAGUACAGAAUCUGGGAGGAGAGCUCAUUGUGUCAGGGACAGGAGUUCAGAGCACUUUCACUACCUUUUAUGAGGUAGAUUGUGAUGUCAUAGAUGGGGGCAGGGCUAGUCAACUUUCUACCCACCUCCCAACCUGUGCUGAGGGAGCUCCGAUCGGGAGUGGAAGCAGUGAUUCCUCCAUGCUGGACAGUGCUACAUCACUCAUCCAGGCAGCUAAAAACCUGAUGAAUGCUGUUGUCCUCACGGUAAAAGCAUCCUAUGUGGCCUCAACCAAAUACCAGAAAGUCUAUGGGACAGCAGCUGUCAACUCACCUGUUGUGUCUUGGAAGAUGAAGGCUCCAGAGAAGAAGCCCCUUGUGAAAAGAGAAAAGCCGGAAGAAUUCCAGACACGAGUUAGACGAGGUUCUCAGAAGAAACACAUUUCGCCUGUACAGGCUUUAAGUGAAUUCAAAGCAAUGGAUUCCUUCUAGGACGAUAGGCUUUAACAAGAAAGCUUUUUCUUUCUUUUCUUUUUUUUUCCUUUCCUUUUUUUUUUUUUUUUAAUUCCAUUUUUGUAUGCAUACCUGCCAACUCGUAUGCCUCUGGCAUGGGGAAAUUAAGGGAGCAGAGUCUGUUUGCAUGUAUGAUGGGAUGGAUCAAUACUACUGAUCCAUCUAUAGCCUGGAGAGGGGACAGGGAAGUCCUGUUCCGAGGUGGCACAGAGCUGUCCUUUGCAACAUUCUCAUGAAAUUUGGUGAAGAGUUCACCUUGCAAUGUUUACGGGAGGGGGAGGGUUGGGGAAAAUAAACUUAACUCUACAAAAGCAAAUUCUAAUGCAUGCAAGAAUCAUUAGGUUGGCAGGUAUAUUAAGUGAAAAAUCUGGAAGUGUAAUGAUAGAACAUAAAGCUUGUAUUGCUUCUGUUUCGGUGCAAAAAUGUACUAGCCAAUACGCUUAAGUGUGUGGCCCACAAAUUGAACAACUUAACUUUGAAGUUAUAUCCAUGAUAUGCGGAUUACUUUUACUAAGGGGAAACUAACUCAUCCAGCUAAAAAUGCUUCUUUUAAUCUGUCUUCUGUUCUUUCUCUUCUAGUAAUGCCCAUCCUAGUGCUCAUGUUAUCAAUUUUUCCCCUUUACUGAAAACAAUAGACAUUUAUUUGAGACAAUUAUAAUCCUUCUGGGGGCACUGGAAGCACAAUAUAGUGAUCCACCUUGCUUUUCCUUUGUGUUGUUGUUUUUUUUUCUUUUUUAAUUUGAACUAUGAUUUUGCUAGAAAUAGGAGGCCCAGUGGUGAGUUGUUAGAGGAAUGGAAACUAACCAUGUGUGAAGGUUUAGAGGCAAAUACAUAGGUAUAGCUUGGAGUGCUGGUAUCUAAUAUGCCAUUGUAUCCACUAACUCGAAAUAAACACAUUUAAUCUUCACCUCUGAAGCAUCUUUUCUUUCUUUAAAUGCAUAUUUAAUAAAAGAUCAGAGCAUGGUCUUGAAAACUCGUUAAAAA